AGAACUUGCACUUUUCUCCGUCCUUGCGGACAGCUUGCUUUCGCCUUGCACCCCAGAUUCUCGUCCUUGGAGGUGGGGGUCCCUCCCCUUCCUCGUCUCAAGCACCCAAAUUUUGGCAUCGCUCGAGGUGAAUGGCGGGAACCGGAAGUGUGUGCAGCGGCGGCGGGUACCCGGCGAAUCGGGUCCCAGGCGAAUCGCCGGAAGUAACAAUUGCUACGGCAGGUUUCCCCCAGCUUAGCUAUGGCGGCGAUCCCUCCAGAUUCCUGGCAGCCGCCCAACGUAUACUUGGAGACCAGCAUGGGGAUCAUCGUGCUGGAGCUGUACUGGAAGCACGCUCCAAAGACUUGUAAGAACUUUGCUGAAUUGGCUCGUCGAGGUUACUACAAUGGCACCAAAUUCCACAGAAUCAUCAAAGACUUCAUGAUCCAGGGAGGUGACCCAACAGGGACAGGUCGAGGUGGUGCAUCUAUCUAUGGCAAGCAGUUUGAAGAUGAACUUCAUCCAGACUUGAAAUUCACAGGGGCUGGAAUUCUCGCAAUGGCCAAUGCCGGGCCAGACACCAACGGCAGCCAGUUCUUUGUGACCCUGGCUCCCACCCAGUGGCUUGACGGCAAGCACACCAUUUUUGGCCGUGUGUGCCAGGGUAUAGGAAUGGUGAAUCGAGUAGGAAUGGUGGAAACAAACUCCCAGGACCGUCCUGUGGACGAUGUGAAGAUCAUUAAGGCAUACCCUUCUGGGUAGACUUGCUGCACUCUUGGGCACACCCAGGUCUUCUGAGAUGGCCCCAGUGAACCAGUUUCCAGAUGACCUAGAAUGACACGUAACUGUAAACUGCAUUUUGGUCUUGCAAAUCUGAGGCGCUGAGGAGGCCUGGGGCCUUGGGUGAGUUAGAGAUGGAAGUGUAUUUUAAUAGGAUGCUUCUUUUCUCUUCCCCAGUGCCUGUGUUGACAGAGCAUUUGCAGAAAUGCCCAUGCGUGAUUGUUCACAGGUUACUGCUCACUGCAAAUGACCCAUACUGCUCCUUCUUGUGUGUAUCUGCUCUAUACACUUGGAACGAAAUGAAGCCAACUCUGUCAUUUUGCAGUGCCUAACCAGCCUCUUCUUGCAGAAAUUUAUAUUCUGGGCUACACUGCAGUCUUUGGUGGCUGACAGCCGUAGAAUUCAGAACCAAGUAGUGUCUAUCAGCCUUCUUAACUGUGUGCACCCCCUAUUUCAGUCCUUUGCCUUUGUUCUUCCAGGGAUUGUAUGCAUCCUAUAUAUAUUUUCCCUCUCAAAACCAGAACAUCAACACUGCUGUUUCUGACACUUAGACAUCCCACGCAAAGCCACAUUGAAUUUUUGCCAAGUGAAAAAUGCAUCCAACAAUCAAGUUUCUAAGAAUGUGUCAAGUGGGGAAUGAUAAUGUGUAAUAAUUGAGAAAUUAAUUUAUUAAAAAGAAGCAGAAGCAUUGACCAUUUUUUCCCCAGGAAGGAGUAGAAAUCUAUAGUGAGCAUACGGAAAGACUAUGAAUUCUUCUUAAAAAGCAGUAUCCUCAUAAAGGAGAAGCACCACUUAAGUUUUUUUUUUUUUUUUUUGCGGUACGCGGGCCUCUCACUGUUGUGGCCUCUCCCGUUGCGGAGCACAGGCUCCAGACGCGCAGGCUCAGCGGCCGUGGCUCACGGGCAUAGCUGCUCCGCGGCAUGUGGGAUCUUCCUGGACUGGGGCACGAACCCGUGUCCCUUCCAUCGGCAGGCGGAUGCUCAACCACUGCGCCACCAGGGAAGCCCACCACUUAAGUUUUUUAACCUAAGACUUUAGAGAAACUAGAUAAGAGAUUUUAUAUAUAUAUUUUUUAAUCUUUCUGAUUUUUUUAGGGAGGGGGCGGUGAGAGAAAGGAAGUUAAUACCUAUGGAAUACAUAGAACUUCCAAAAUAAAAUGCCAUUGAUGGUUGAAAUCACUGCUGUAGUUUGAUUUUAAAUAUUGUAAGAGGUUCUAACAGCCAUUUGGACCUCUGAACCCUUUCAAGUAGUAUUGCAGGACUGAUAUUCAAGUUUUCAUAUCAUUUUAGGUUUUUGCAUCUCUAGUAGACUUCUCCCAUCCAAUAGUAGGUUUGACUUUAAAAAAGCAACACCAAAGAAAGAAGUAAGUGAUGUUGAUUAGCAUUUCUGAGUGAGGGGGAAUCCCCUGUAGAUUAACCAAGUGGAUGUGCUGAGAGACCUGAACCAUUCCCUGAACUUGGAAGAGAUACACCUGCAUGUCAUCACAAGCCCAGAGGCAAAAUGUGUUGUGGUGUUUGUUUUCUUUUUUUUUUUUGCGGUACACGGGCCUCUCACUGUUGUGGCCUCUCCCAUUGCGGAGCACAGGCUCCGGACGCGCAGGCUCAGAGGCCAUGGCUCACGGGCCCAGCCGCUCCGCGGCAUGUGGGAUCUUCCCGGACCGGGGCACGAACCCGUGUCCCCUGCAUCGGCAGGGAGACUCUCAACCACUGCGCCACCAGGGAAAGCCCCAUUGUGUUUGUUUUCUUAAAUGGGUAGUAUGUUGAUUGAAAAGGGGAUUAUAGCUUAACUGUUCAUCCUUAUCACUCUACAUAUUUUGGAAAUGGUGAUUUACUUUAUGGAAUGGCCAAACAAGGUUCUGUUCCCCAAGCCUUCCCCAUGUUCAGCCUCUUUCUCCAUCUUUCUGUCUCUCUUCUCUGAAAAACAAAAAAGCAGAACCCAUCAACAAACUAUAUAAAUGACUUUGUAACCUCCCAGAGAUGGUUUUGGGGUAUAGAGUACUAUUCUGGGAAAAUAGAAAUACAUUUCUUUCAGCCUGGACUGGGUGGACAUAAUUGGACCCACCUCUAGGAGCAAGGAAUAAGACACUCAACCACUGACCUUCCAGAAUUAUAAUCCUGAAAAUCCCUGCUUUCACCCAGGUCAUUGAGAGAGGUGGAAACGUAUUAUCGCUACUUUGAGAAGUAAAGAAGGUUGUGAUUACACUGGGAAGAGCUACACAGGCACAGCUCCUUGUUUCUGGAUAAUAUACCAAAUGUAUGCCAAGGUGAUCACACAUGCAACAUAUGCCAGUUUUCAUAAAGGAUGUGACCUCAAAGAGUAAAACUUGAACUGUUUCAGUUUCCAGUGAUUCUGCCAGUUAGCCAGAGAUAUAGAAAUUCCUGACUCUGUGUAAAGGGAGCUUGUGUAAAAGGAAUCCUGGUUGAUCCCUUUGUCAUACGAGUGUCUACACCCUCUCUGGAAAAGUACAGUUAUGACAAGUCUUGUGGAAGUGGGGUGUGCUAGGGCACAGAUAGCUCAUUUCAGUCACAGCUCAAAUAGAUCAAGGUGAAGGUAGGUUACACAGAGAAUGCAGGAUGAGUUUGUAACUUAGGUGGAGAUUAAUGAAGAUAGGUUGUGGGACUGUGAGAGCUAAUCAAGGGACAGGAGAUAUAUAGCUUUGGUGGGAAGGGUAGGAGAUUCCAGACUUUUUAGAGAAGGCUUGAAGUUGGGAGUAGAUAAGCCAACGAAAGAAGCCUUCAAACAACUGCCCAUGGGAUGGGUUAGAAGUUUGGUACCCAGACUGGAAAGUGCGUGGCCCCCAAGGGUCUUAGCCCAGGGCUUCUCACUCUUUGCCACACUCAAGAAUCACUGGGGAGCCUGCUAGAAAGCAGAUCCAGAUUCAGCAUCCGACUAGAGAUUCUGGGUUUCUAACCAGCUCCCAGGAGAUGGUGACUGCUGGUCCAGAUACUACACUUUGAGUGGUGAGAGCCUAAAGGUCAUGUUUGUCAACGUGAAAUUGGGGUGGGGAGUGGUUCCUAGAGCAUGGAGCAAUCAGGACAGUAACCUUUUCUUCUGCCUCCUAGACCAGUAGUGGUCUUAGAAAACGGAAGGGGUUCAAAGCUCUUGGCUUUGGCUGCUAAGAUUGAGCUUUAAGAAACAAUGCUCUUCCACCUUCCGUUCUCAUUUAGUACACCGCGGACAUCAGGCCAUGUGUGACACUAAGAUCCUGUGAGGGUACCAGAGGGGGUGAGAUGGUAUGGUUCAGUAGAUAUCACAGAAAUUCAGGGGAGAGAGAGGUCAUCAGCAAUUAUGACAUUGAGGAUAAAGGGCUCUGGAACCAGACUGCCAGAGUUCAGAGCCCAGCUUCACUGCUUAGCAGCAGUGUGAUGAACUAUUAAUAGUUUCUUAAUCUCUCUGUGCCUUAGUUUCCUCAACUAUAAAAUGAGGAUAAUGGUCCUAACCUCAUAAGGCUAUUGUGAAGAUUAAAUGAGCUAGAGCAGGUACUUAGAACAGGGACCAGCAUUUAGGAAACAGCUGUCCUUAUUACCGGCGGCCCUCGAAGCCACCACAUACUUCUGCCUUUUCACACCAACGUUUCAGCAGCCUGACCUUGCACACCUCUCCCUCCCGCUGGGCUAACCUCUGAGAGCAAAAGCCCUUGUCUUAUUCCCCUCUGGGAGUUCUCUUAGCACCUUAUGCAAUUCUUUGAGGUUAUUGCUGAAUAAAUGAAAUUAAAAAUUGUUCUCUGUCAGGAAAAGAUUUGAGAUCCAUUUGCAGAAAUAAUAGCAUUACCCCAAGUCUCCAAACCCAGGCUUUAGCUGGUAUGGUAGCAAAGCCUUUCCACUAAGCCCUGUGGAAGUCCUCAGCUUGAUUUAUUUUUGGACUGUGUCUCCAGAAUAUGUCAAAAUAGCUUUCCCUGCACAAGGGAAACGAUUCCUACCCUCAGAUCCUCGAGCCAAUCUGAGCUGUCACCGUGGCCCCUUCUGGCACUACAUUCUUGCAACGUGUGGAGGAGGAAACAUUGAAGAGCACAUUUGUUUAAGUGGCAGAGUUUACUGCCUACAAAGCACUUCAUGGCCUCAGAGCCCUGUUGCCUGUAGGGUAGAUUACUAUUUUUCCGGUAAAUAUCGGAUAGGGAUCUUCCAGCAACAUUUUUUUUACAGAUAAAAGAGGGGAGAAAAACAACAAAAAAAAGAAGCAAAGUAUAGGGGAAGAAAGCAUGUUAGGGUCUCACUCUAAGGCCGGCUUGGUCUGAUUUUGAAAAAUGGGUCCUUAUUUGUUCUUCCAAGUAGGUAAUCCAUGAUCCCUAACUGUCUGAAACCACAGAUGGCCAGUUUUGGGUCAGGUUUGUGGACAGUGAGAUGUGAGGCUUUUGUGUGACCUUGGGUGAAUCACUUUACCUCUGAAACUUGGUUUUCUCAUUCAUCAAACGAAGAUCAGAGCAAGGCCCCAUUAGCCCUAAAUUUCUGAAUCUAGGUCAUUCUGAGAAGAUUCCUUCAGCUGCCGAAUUUCCAUUUAGAAUGCUGUUUUGGAAAUUUGCCACUAGAGGCCAGUGUGAAUACAGUUUAGCCUUGCAGCUUCUUCAAACGGCAGAUGCCUACCAAUGCCUUUUCAUGAUUCUAAGCCAGGCCUGGCACCCCUUGGGUGUGGAAAACCAGCAGCUGCUCAGACUGAGUGGGGCCAGAAUUGAGACAUCAGCCUGGCAUUGAAAAGGCCUGGGAAGACUCUGUCGGCACAGGCCCGCCAGCCCUCUUUCCUGUCUACUGGACUAGACGGAGGAGAAGCCCUCCGUGCAUGGUGAGGGUGCUUGAGCCCCUGUGCCCGGGGCCUGGUUCUGUAGCAUGCCUCAUUGUAAAGAGCCAGCUCCCUCUUAGCCACUUAAUAUUGCACUUUACAGUUGAAGCCAUUCAUUCAGCAAGUAAUCUUGGAGCCCCUCUUUUAGGUCCAGCAAUAGCAAAUAUUUUCAGAGUCAACCAGAAGGAACCUUAGAGGACUUCCCUGGUGACGCAGUGGGUAAGAAUCCGCCUGCCAGUGCAGGGGACACAGGUUCGAGCCCUGGUCUGGGAAGAUCCCACAUGCCGUGGAGCAACUAAGCCCGUGCGCCACAACUGCUGAGCCCACGUGCCACAACUACUGAAUCCCGUGCUCCUAGAGCCUGUGCUCAGCAACAAGAGAAGCCACCACAAUGAGAAGCCUGCUCGCCGCAACUAGAGAAAGCCCGCAUGCAGUAACAAAGACCCAAUGCAGCCAAAAGUAAAUAAGUGAAUAAAUUUAUUUUUAAAAAAAAGAACCUUAGAAGAAAUUAUUGCCCUUUCUCUGUUCCAUGGUCUGUGGAAGCUUCUUAUAUGUAUUUUUCUCUUAAUCUCCAAAGCCAUCUUCUGUGGUUGGCAUUAUUAUGCCCAUUUGCAGGUGAGCAGACUGCGGACCAAAGACAAGUAGCACUGAGCCUUGUACAAAGUGAAUGAAUGUAUGGAAUAACAGGCCCAGUGUUGCAGGGCUAGUAAAAGGCAUGUCUAGGACUUGAACUUGAGAACUUCUGAUCCCAAGUUUAGCCCUUUUAUCUCUACCUUUGAUGUACAGAGGAGGAAGAUGAGGUGCAGAAAAAGAGAAUGAUCUGGUGGCAGGGUAGGCAUUAGGACCCGAAACUCCUGCCUUGCAGUCUCUCCAUCCUAGAGCAUCCUCAGCCCAAGCUGGCUGGGAGGCUCCAGCCUUAGUUAUCUCCAAGACCCUUCUAAGCAGAGCCUGCCAAGGCACAGCAGGAGGGGAGAAGGAGGGAGGGAGGAAAGGAGCACAAAUGACCCUAAUCAGUGUGUUUAUUGGAUCAUAACUGUAUUAGCCUCACCACUCAGCUAAUCUCAUAGACUCACUUUCCUCUUUGUGAGGAUCUGGCCACAGCUCCAUUAAAAGCUGCUGGCCUGAGUACCUGUGAGGAAGCUCUUGUACAGCAGAGGUGGUGGGGAAGGAGGGAGAAAGCAAUAUUUCUACUUCCUCGUUAUGCUGACGGGGAAAACGGCCAUUUCACAUUCACUGUAUAAGGAAAGCCCCCAAGGAAAGGGAGUCCAAGGUUCACAACUGUCUUUGGAAACAUUCAGCUCUAAGAGAAAAUGUUCCCUUUGUGCCUCCCCUUUUUGAAAGCAUUUGUGAUACUUUAAGAGAAAACGAGAAGGGAAGAAACUCAUGUUUGGGGAACAUACCACAUGCCAGGUGCUUUACAUGUAUUAUUCCAUUUAAUCCUCUGAAGGCCUGUGAACAAGACAUCAUAAUGUCCGUUUCAUAGAUGAAUCCGUUUCAUGGAUGAAGCUCCACGUCAGAUGGCUGGGUUUUGGCAGAGCUGAGCUUCAGGCUUGGGGUCUGCUGUCUCCCUCGGUCAUACCCGAAACUCCCACAGGAAUGGUUUCCAUACCAUUCUCUGCCCCCUCCUCCCUCCAGCUCAGAAAAUAUGGAAACUGGUUUUCGAGCCAGGUCAUUGUGUAACCUUGGCAACUUCCUUGAGCCAUAGUUUUUCCAUCUAUGGAAUGAGAAGGCCAGACUUGGUUUCUCUGGUCUAAACCUGGGCAAUUUUAUGAUGGUAUUUUCUUGCAGCACAUUCUCAUCUAAUUGGACUCUUAUACCAGUUUGGAGGGGAUGGGCGUAUGGGUAUCAUCAUCCCCAUUUUUUAAGCUAGGGGAACCUGAGAAGCAGAGAUAGAAUGAGGGGUUCAAGGUCAUAACAUGAAUGGUUGGAAUGGAGACAACCCAGCACUGCCUCUUGCCCCCAGGCAGGCGGGCAGGCGGCCUCUGAGAGGCUGUCAGCAGCAGCUCCCAAACCCUGACACCUGAGCCUCACCCUGGCUCCUGAUAGAAUUAUCAGAGAACUGGGGAACACAUACUUACUGUAAUCAGAGCAACUUUUCUUAGCUAGGGGUGGAGGAGGCAAGAUGUGAAGUGUGUCUGAUGAGCUCCUCUUGCAGUGCAGAGCCCAGAGUUAAUAAAACUCAGGGAAAUCACAUCAGGCAGCUGGAGAUGCAAGCAGACGGGCUCCAGGGGCAGGGCCACUGGGACUUCAGCUUCCACACAAAGCCAGGCUCGUGGCAUUUUGUGCACAUUUCAGUUUUCUUCAGCAGCCAGGCAGGCAGAUAAAAGCAGCUUGGCAUGAAAAUGAAUUUAGCGCUUGGGGAAAAAAAAAAAGAAUGUUUCACCCUUGGUGGCUUUUCAGACUGCCCAGUGCAGGUACAGCCAGGGGACAUGCUAAGGAGCAGCAG